GCAUCCAGCGUGUGACACUACGGGGAGUUUCCUCCAGCGUCUGCAGGAAAACCAGCACCAGUAGCACCUGGACCAGGACCAGACGAGCAGGCUUCCUCCCUUCCUGUCCCACGGUGGAUUUACGCACAGAAGUCAAAGGCGCAGUGGCCAUGGAGGCAACCAGGAGACGAGCCCAGCACAGUACCAACGGGAAGACAUCUGGACACGGGGAGCAGCCAGCACAGUGGGGGAGAGCAUGGGAGGUGGACUGGUUUUCCCUGAUCUCCGUCAUCGGCCUCCUUUGCUUUGCCCCUUUCAUUGUCUUCUACUUCGUGAUUGCCUGCGAUCAGUACCAGUGCUCCGUCAGCCAGCCACUGUUUGAGUUGCUCCAAGGAGAGACCACGCCCCUCACCAUCUGGGCCCAGGCAGCCUCCUUCACCUGGUCAGCUGCUAAGAUAUAUGCCAUCUGGGUGGCCUUCCAGGCGUUCCUCUAUAUGUGCAUUCCUGACGUUGCUCAUAAGUUUCUUCCUGGCUUCGUUGGUGGAGUGCAGGACGGAGCACGGACCCCUGCUGGUCUGAUUAACAAGUACGAGAUCAAUGGGCUGCAGUGCUGGCUCAUCACUCAUGCUCUGUGGUUUGCCAAUGCACACUAUUUCCACUGGUUUUCUCCCACCAUCAUCUUCGACAACUGGAUCCCCCUGAUGUGGUGUGCAAACAUACUGGGCUACUCUGUGUCCACCUUUGCCUUUAUAAAGGCCUACCUUUUCCCCACAAACUCUGAGGACUGCAAGUUCACAGGGAACAUCUUCUACAACUACAUGAUGGGCAUCGAGUUCAACCCACGCAUUGGCAAGUGGUUCGACUUUAAGCUUUUCUUCAAUGGCCGGCCCGGCAUUGUAGCCUGGACUCUCAUCAAUCUGUCCUACAUGGCCAAGCAGCAGGAACUGUACGGCCAUGUCACCAACUCCAUGAUCCUUGUCAACGUACUGCAGGCCAUCUAUGUGUUGGAUUUCUUCUGGAACGAGGCGUGGUACCUAAAGACUAUUGAUAUCUGCCAUGACCACUUUGGAUGGUAUCUGGGCUGGGGUGACUGUGUCUGGCUGCCCUACCUCUACACACUGCAGGGUCUGUACCUGGUGUACCAUCCAGUCCAGCUCUCUAACCCUCAUGCCCUGGCUGUCCUGUUGCUUGGCCUUGUUGGUUAUUACAUCUUCCGCUCCACCAACCACCAGAAGGACCUGUUCCGGCGCACUGACGCUUCUUGCUCCAUCUGGGGCAAGAAGCCAACGUACAUCGAGUGCGCAUACCGCUCCGCUGACGGUGGCGUCCACCGUAGCAAGCUCCUGACCUCGGGUUUCUGGGGAGUGGCCCGGCACUUCAACUACACCGGUGACCUGAUGGGAUCACUCGCCUACUGUGCCGCUUGUGGCUUCAGCCACAUACUCCCAUACUUCUACAUUAUUUACAUGACCAUCCUGCUGGUCCACCGCUGUGUGCGCGACGAGCACCGGUGCAGCAGCAAGUACGGCAAGGACUGGAAACGCUACACGGAUGCUGUGCCGUACCGGCUAAUUCCUGGAGUUUUUUAGACGGGAAGAGGAGGCAGAGGGGCAGGGAGGGGCUAACAUAGGUAACAGAAAUUCUGAAAUUGGAGUGUGGUAGCAAGAUAAACACAAGGUGUGUGUGUGUGUGUGUGUGUGUGUGUGUGUGUGUGUGUGUGUGUGUGUGUGUGUGUGUGUGUGACUGUGUGUUUUAUACAUCUGAAGAAUACACCAGACUGAUGUUUUGUAUGUAUUUUUAGUACAUGUAUAAACUGCUGCACAUGUGUAUUUCAGUUACAUGUAUUCAUGUAAAUCUCUGCCUUUUGAUACACCAGCUUUCAUAAUGCUGUGACACAUUUUUGUAAAUAGUACAAUAUAUUGUACAACUCAAGCCGCAUCGGUCCUGCAGUGGAGUGGUAACAUGGUAACUUUAUUCAUUUGUGAAAGAAAAAUACCAAAAAGCGGCUUGUUUAGUUUCUCAAAUAUGAGAAUUUAAUGUUUUUUGGUUUCUUUCAUUCCAAAAUUGAACUCCUGUUGUUGUUGUUGUUUUUUUCAUAAAAGCAAUUUCUUAUCACAGAACACUCAGCUUAAUGGACCAAAUGUAAUUGCCUGCCUCACUGACGAAAUCGGACUCAUAAUAAGUUAUGUAAUCUUCGUAUAAAGGUUGUCUUGUUGGUGAGAAGUUCCUUCCUUGUGGUUCAGAGCAGCAUGUUCACAUUAUUCAGCCUCGUGAUAAACAGAUUUACAGACUCAUUAGACAGCAAGAACCGCAGAUAUUCCCAAACAGCACUUUCUGUUCUCACUGAUGUUCGCUGAGGCUGUGAAGCUUAAAGCUGAACUUAACAAGGUACGAGUUAGUUAGAGAUGAUUGUAUUUGCUUUGUGUUCGACCAGCAUGUUGAGUAGAUCAAAGUCUAGCCACGUUGAAGCUCUGUGUGCAACCAUAACAUUGUUUUGUUUGUUUUUAUUUCCUCAUACCAGCACUGCCUUCCAUAAAGUAACAAAAUAAACUUUAAUUUUUGUUAUGACUGUUUUCUAUCUACCUACA